AUGGAUAGAGUGAAUUUCACCAUCAAUGGGAAACAAUUUAGUGCGGGCGCGGAGGUGUCAGUGGACACGACGCUGACCGAAUACAUUCGGCGUUGCGCGGACCUGCGCGGCACCAAGUACAUGUGCCUGGAGGGCGGCUGCGGCGCGUGCAUCGUCAACGUGCGCGGGCGCACCGCCAGCGGCGAGCGACUCACCUUCUCUGUCAACACGUGUCUUGUUGCUGUACUGUCCUGCGACGGCUGGGAUAUUACUACCAUAGAGGGAAUCGGAAACAGACAGAACGGGUACAACAUAAUACAAACUCGACUUAAUAACUACUUUGGCUCGCAAUGUGGAUACUGUAGCCCUGGAUUCGUUAUGAGCAUGUACAGUCUAAUCCAAGGCAGUGAGCAUCAUUUAACUGAAGCACAAAUAGAGAAGUCGUUUGGCAGCAAUCUCUGCAGAUGCACCGGCUACCGGCCCAUCCUGGAGGCUUUCAAGUCGUUCGCGGUGGACCCUGACCCGAAAAUACUCCGAAAAAUAAAGGACAUCGAAGAUAUUGACAACUUAAUUUGUCCAAAAUCGGGAGUCAAAUGCGGUGGAACUUGUGGCAACAACGAUCAAGACUGGUGUCUGAUCAAUGCACAUGUUAUGGACAAAGAGGUGCCCGUGCCUAAGAAGAUAUCAUUGUCCGAUGGCAGGUUGUGGUUCAGAGUAAAUAAUAUCAAAGCCAUAUUUGAAUCUCUGGAUCAAGUGAACGGCUAUAGCAACUACAUGUUGGUUGCUGGUAAUACGUCUAAAGGUAAGAUUGUCUUUGUCAACAUGAACAAUUAA